AUGCCCUGUGUGCCUGUCCUCGCUCUCCUCCUGGUCAUGCACUGGUCCCACAUUCUGGCCUGGGACAGUUUGUCUCCGUCGUGUCGCUGUGAUGAGAGGAUGAAGUGCGUCUGCUCUGGUCUCAGUGCGGUUCCUUCAGUCCCAGACCAAACCAAGACCCUGGACCUGGACUUCAAUAACAUCACAAAGAUCCACAGAGCAGACCUCAGACCACUGCGCAGACUGGAAGUUCUCAAAAUACACGCGAACAGAGUGUGUGCGAUGGACCCACAGGCCUUCUCCUCCCUGUGGAGUCUGAGAGAGCUGGACCUGUCCCAGAACCUCCUGACCUCACUGGACCACCGCUGGUUCAACAAGCUGGGGGCGCUAGAGAGUCUCAAGAUACACGGAAACCCAUACAAAAGCUUGGGCUCUCCUCCGCUUUUCCAGACCUUGUUCCGACUGCGGAGCCUGAGUUUUGGAGGGGAGUCCUUGGAGGAGAUCCACACGUCUGACUUGAAGGGGCUGGGAGGCCUGGAGCAGCUCCGUGUGGACGCCAACAACCUCAAGAGGUACGAUCCCGGGGCUCUGUCUCAAAUCUGGCCCUUGGAUCACGUGACCCUCAGCCUUCGAUCUUUGUUUCUGAUGGACCAAACUCUGGUCUCAGCGUUGAUCCGUGACGUCUCCCAUCCAGAGACUGAGGUGACUCUGGAGAACAUUUAUCUGAAGGACAACCGCUCCGCCCUGCCCUUGAGAGAGCUGGCGCAGGGGAGAGUCAGACAUGUUGCCUUCAAUAAUUUUUUUUUAACGGAUGAGACGAUGGUGAAAUUAUUGGAAGUGACCGACGGAGCACCGAUUGACACAUUUACUCUGAACAACGUCACUCUGAGCGGAGUCGGAAGAUGGGAAAAGGCGAAGUGGACCGAUCACAAAAGCCUCAACGAGUUCUUCAUAAGAGACGCGCAGAUCUUAAACAAUUUUGAUUUCACGUCAUUUCUGCCUCUGCGUUUCCUGCUGACUUAUCCACGAAAGAUCUCUGUCAUCAACACAAAGGUGUUCGUGAUGCCGUGUUUAACUUCUAUGAUUUUUAAAAACCUUGAGUACUUGGACAUGAGUGAGAACCUGCUCACAGACCCGACGCUGAGGCAGACGCUGUGUGAGGGCAUGUGUGUGUUGAGCAACCUGCGUGUGCUCAACAUCAGCGCCAACACCAUCAAGUCUCUGUCUCUGGUCAGCCGGCUGGUUUCUAGUCUGUCCAAAUUGUCUCACCUGGACGUCAGCAGGAACAGCUUCGGCCUGAUGCCUCCGACCUGUCCUUGGCCCCAGUCUUUGCGCUUCUUGAACAUCUCCAGGACUAAACUGACCAGCGCCACCACCUGUCUGCCACUGACACUACAGGUUUUAGAUCUGAGCUACAACAACCUCGAUCAACUAUAUUUGGUGCUCCCUGCCCUGAGGGAACUUCACCUGACUGGGAACAAGCUCCUGACACUGCCCCCUGGAUGGCUCUUCCCCAACCUCCAGACCUUCACCUUACAGUUGAACACAUUGAACAUCUUCAGCCCUUCAGAUCUCCAGUCUUUCCCCCGGCUCCAAAACUUCCAAGCCGGCCGCAACAAAUUCAUCUGCUCGUGCCACUUCGUUCCAUUUUUCCACUCUUUAGCCAACGACGAGACCAACGUUACUCUGUCUGAUGGCAUCGACAACUACUUCUGCGAUUCUCCCCUUCACCUGCAGGGGAAGCUUCUAUCGUCGGUGCAUCGAUCUUUCACGGAAUGCCAUCACGUAAUGUUUGUUUCCAUCUGCUGUGGACUCAUCCUGAUUUUUGUGACCUUUCUUGGAGUCAUAUUGUGGAGGGUUCAUGCAUUCUGGUACCUGAAGAUGACGUUUGUUUGGCUGAAAGCGAAGAAGCGGCGGAAGUGGAGGAAGGAGCGGGAGAAUGGAGACACGGAGGGACUUUUGGUCUCGUUUGAUGCUUUUGUGUCGUACAGCGAGAGAGACAGCGCCUGGGUGGACAACUACCUGCUGCCAGAGCUCGAGCAAACAGGGUCCUCUGCUGAGUCCAAUACAGCGUCUGUUCUAGAUUCGAGUCCCGAGUCCGAACCAGAGUUGAGGGCAGAAGCCAGAUCCGGUCCUGGUCUGGAGCCGCUGAGGCUGUGUCUGCACAGAAGGGACUUUCUUCCUGGCCGUUUCAUCAUGGACAACAUCGUCACGGCGAUCGAGUCGAGCCGAAGGACUCUGUUUAUUCUCUCUCAAAACUUUGUCAAAUCAGACUGGUGUAAGUACGAGCUGGAUUUCACACACUUCCAACUGUUGGAGGGAAACUGCAGAGAAGACGCCGCCAUCUUGGUUUUGCUGGAGCCGCUGAGUCACGACGAGAUCCCAAAACGCUUCUGUCGCCUCCAAAGUCUCCUGAGCUCCACCACGUACCUACAGUGGCCCCAGGACCCCGACCAGAGGGAGCAGAGGGACCACUUCUGGACCAGUCUAAGGCAGGCCCUGAGCCCAGAUCGAGACCUGGACUAA